AUGGCAGCAUCGCCUGCGCCGGAUUCCCCGCUCGAUAGCGACAUCGCGCGCAUGCGCCAGCAGAUCGAGUCUCUCGAGCACCGUCGUUCCGUCCUCUCCUCCACGCUUCUUUCUUCUCAGAACACCCUCGCGCGCAUCCAGCGCGCCAACACCAGAUCUCACCCUUCCGCAGCAAAUGCCUUGGCCAUUGUCGAAAAGCAGCAGAGGCAUAAUUUGGAGAACCUGCACCGCACCUGCGCCGGCGUCACUGCGUUCCGCGUCAAAGACCCUGACCCUUACGCGGUUGACAACGGCCGGAUUCUUGGCGUGCGCAUCGAGGUCUCUGUGAAGGGACGAUUCGCUGUUCCUUACUUCCUGCUCUUGAACCGGCCAUCUUCAGAAAGCGAAACCCUUCGUAUUCACAAGCACACCAUUCCGCCGUGCAUUCCGUUACGAAGUUUUGCAAUGAAAUAUCUCCCACAGCAGGACCAGCUCCAGGACCUCCAUCGUCUCGUACGGGAGCUUCGGCAGGAACUAGUUUCUCACCACUUGCGCUUAGAUAUGGUCACCAAGUUGAGGAAAGACGCGGGAUUGCCGGAAGACGUUGAGAGUGUGUCUAUGAAGAGAAAGCGGGGGAAAGCGGGAAUCGUCUGUAUCAGAGCGUUGGAUGUGAGCGCAAAGGAGAUUGAGAUCAGUUGGGAAGAUUCAAGUACAGCGCGGGUUCUGCUGUCGAAGAGAGGAAUCGUUGAGAAGGUAGUGGCGAGGAAUUCGGAUGGGACCGGGCGAGCAAGGGCGAUUGAGAGGGCAAUAAUGGCGGGGGAUCACCGCGUGGACGGUAUUGUGGAGCGUUUGACAAAACUGCAAGGCGUGGACUGA